AUGUUCUCCGUGCUGGGAAACAUAGGACUAGGCCCGGCACCAAAUGCACCAAGGGUAAUUCCACCUCGCACGCCAGUCAAGUUCCCCCAAUUCACACCCCAAUCGGAAGAGAAGGUCUUUCAGACACAGUCAGAUACACCUCUCGUCGAACUCCUACAGAAGAUCCAUAGGCCAGCCGACAUCAAGCCCUCCGUCUUUGAGGCCGUCGGGAUCCACGUGAUCCCAGAUGCCUCACCACAAGACCUCACCCCGGAUGCCAGUUACCUCCCACCAUUCGAGCAGUGGAAUGCAAUACCAGCAUGCGAAUUAUCAGAUGCCAACUGGGCAACGCAAAAGUGCCUCAGCAACGGCGGUCGGUCACCAGGCGCCCAGACUUAUAGAGAACGUCGAAAGGAGUUGCUUAUAGACAACACCGCAGCUUUCAGGAGUAUCAGACGGAUGCCAGCACCAAAAGGGGAGACGAAUGCACGCCUAGGAAAUGCGUAUGAGUUCUACAAGCACCUAGAAUUUCUAUCCGGCUACUGGCCCGACACAUCCCUCCCACCCGAAGCCGAACCAUUUUCGACAGACGCCGAGGAAAAAGACAAGUCUACCAUCCCAAUCCACAUGCGAACCCACGUUGCAGUAGGCAAUGGUGCUCAGCUCCCUCCAGACUGCCGCCAACAUCUGAUCACAGCCUUCGUCAGACUCGUCGCCUGGGACUUCGGCUGCAAUGUCUCCCCAUCCCGCACAGAACCGCGCCUCCUCCUCACACCCUCCCCGCGAGCACCACCACACGCAACACGACCGCCCACGACUAUGGUUUCUUCCGCGCACUUCAUCUACCGCCUACCGGGUGAGAGCUCCGUUGCUCGCUGUGGCAUAGUUGAAGGACCAGUAGCUGCCGUCUCCGCACGCGCAACCCACACCUUCGCCACUCCUCUGGACGAAACCCUCGAUCUGACUCGUGAAAUCGUCGCCAUCCUCAUAACAGCUCAACAACGCGCCCGAUCCGGCAAGACAGAAAAGCGGUUCGGGGAGGGUAAGUGGUGGACCAGCACUCCCCGUUGGGGCGGUGGCCCAGGCGGCCCUAUCGGCAAAGAAGGCGAUAAAGCAGAAGAAGACGCCCUCACCCUCGCCGCUUCUGGGGUGCCCGAAAAAUCGCCUGUCGAGAUCUCAAGAGGUGUGGAGGAGAAUGCCGGAGUGAAGAUGGCGAAUGAGGUUAAGCGACAAAUAGGCGGUAUUGCGGACCGGACUCCUACGGCAGGCAAACGCUUGAAGAAGGGAAAGGAUGGCAAUUUGAUGGCGAUGUACCAAACGUACCGUAAGAUGAACCCGCCGUCCGCAAUGUGGGACCGCAAUGUGAGGUAUGAGGCUAUUGGGAAGGUGCAAGGGACGGGGUACGAUGACAUAUUUCUGAUCAGCGCGUUGAACCACCACGUCUGUGUUGUGCGUGCGAGGGUGCCGGAGGCGUUGAUGGAUGUGCUGGGUGGUGAGGAGAGGGAGGAGUGGGAGCGGGUGGUGGUGUGGAGGAGUAGGUGGUGGGAUCUUUAUUUGGGGGUGGACAGGGUGGAGGCGAUGGAGGCUGUGUGGGGGCUGAUGAAUUGGUUGUUGAGGGAUGUUGGGACGAGUGCUAGGAUGCAGGAGCCGAAGCAGGAGAAGGCGGCUGGUGGCGAGGGGGAGGAGAUGGACCUGAGUUGA